AGCAUUCAUGACUUUGUACAGAGAUGUCUGAAUCUGGCUGAGAAGAGGCAGUUACGAUCUAUCGCCUUCCCUGCUAUUGGAGCAGGAAUUUUAAGCUAUCCCUUACGUAUUGUAGCUGAUGAAAUGUUUAGGACAAUUGAUGACUGGCAGGGAACCUUUGUUAAAGAAGUCAGAUUUGUAAUAUAUCCAAAGGACAUAGUAGUUUUACAGGAAUUUGAGCGAGCAUUGAAGAAAUAUGUUACAGUUUCAUCCAAUGAAAUACGUCAUUCAGGCUCAAUACGAACAUCACAUUUUAACAUUCCAAACCCAGGUUCUCAAGUUGGAUCACCUAAAGUAGAGUGCAGGUUCCCCUUACCAAAAGGAUAUACAAUAGAAUUCAUUGAGAUGUGUUGUGCUGAUGUAAUAGGCAGGCUUAAAAAAUCUGAUUGUGAUGUUUCAUUCACAAAAGAUGAACUUAUUAUUAAGUUUACAUCAGAGGUAUGUGCCAUAGGAAAAUCUGAGAUCUCUGAUGCUUUAAUGAAUAUGCAGAAAGAAUAUCCAACUUAUGACUUACUUGACCUUACUCAGGGGAAGUUCAGCCAGGAUGAUGUGAGGAAAAAAGUUAAAGAAAUAGAAAAAAAUUCAAAGGUAAAGUGUAGUGUCAGUAACAAUGGAACAUCGGUGAGUUUCUUUGGAAAACUAUGGCAAGAUGUAAAAGAUGCAAAAGAUAAAAUUGUCAGUUUACUUCUUCCCCCUAGAGGUAAUUCAGAACAGAACAGCCCAAAGGAUACAAAAGAUACAGGCUCCAACAUAAAGACAACUGGAUUCAGCAAACAGUUUUCAUGGUCAACACGUGCAAAAGAAUUACGCGUUUAUGGAACAAAAGAGAAAAUAACAGUAAAAGUCUACUCUUCAGAUAUUUUAUUUGUGCCUGUUGACUGCAUUGUAAAUGCUGCUAAUAAAGAUUUAAGACAUGGCGGAGGAAUAGCAAGAGCCAUAGCAGAUGCCGCUGGAAAAGAUCUCACAAAAGAGGGUCGCGAUUAUUUGAAGCAACAUGGGAAAUUACGAGUUGGAGAGGCUUGCAGUACUGGUGCUGGAAUGAUGUCUUAUAAAUAUGUAAUUCAUGCUGUUGGACCCUGUUGGAGUGACUAUAAACCUUAUUUUAUGAGAGAUGUUGAGAAAUGUGAAACAGAUUUAUACAAUGCCGUGAUAAACAGUUUAUCUGAGGCAGAAAAAUUGAAGAUGGAGACAGUUGCAGUAUCUUCUAUUAGUUCAGGAAUUUAUGGCUGUCCACUUGAUCUAUGUAGUAUCCAGUAUGCCAAAGCUGUGGUAGACUAUAGUAGAUGUUCAAAAUCACCAUUGAAGGAAAUUCACUUUGUGGAUACAAAUAUGGAAAUGGUACAGGCUAUGCACAAUACAUUUCAGUCAAUGAUACCCAACGAGCAUAUUCCUAAAUCCUACAAUAAGAUGAGAUACGUGAAAUCAGUAGCUACAUAUAGAAAGGAUAGAAAAUUGAGUCCAAGAAAUCAGGACCAGCUUCCUGAUGAUGACUGCAAUAGAUUUUGGAAAGGAAAAUCUGGAUUAGUGAUUUAUCCAUACUGUCAUAGGGAUACCCCACCAGGACAUUCAAAGAAAGAAUUUGCCUGUUGUAUUGGACCUGGUCAAAAUUUGUACAUUUAUACAGUAGAUAUUCUGAGUAUGACUAGUAAAGAUAUGAUAGCAUGUGGUAAUACCCCAACAGGCGAAACCAAAGGAUAUCUAGCAAAUGCUAUCAAAAAAAGAGGUGGUAAUGUUUACAAAGCAGAAAUGACUAAAAAAUUUGUUCCAAAAACUAAAGAAGGGGAUGUAGUUGUAUGUAAAAGUAACCUACCUAACUUCAAAUGGGUUGCUCACGCCAUUUUACACAAGAAAAUUCACUGCAGCAAAGAUGAUAGGGAAUUCAAAGUGACAUCUUCUCUUUUCAAAAUAUUUCAUGCAAUGAAAUCAUAUUCCUGCCAUUCAAUAGCUCUGCCAUUGGUAGGAACUGGAAAAGGCAAUGCUGAUCCAGUUUUCUAUGGAGAGAGAUUCUUUGAAGCACUUUGCGAGUUUUCCGCCUACCAUAAAGAGUAUGGCUUCAAAGUUCACUUGGUUCACUAUGACAAAAAGAGCACAGAAAAAGCUAUAGAAACAAUAAACAAAGCUUGUCGAGAUGCACGUCCAUUGCAAAUCAUAACGAAUCGUCAAAAAUUCGAUACUGGUUAUACACGAGGGGAAAAUGGAGCGAGACCUAAGUCUGCAGGUCCAAACGUCUUUGGAAAUCAUGGUCGAGAUACUAGCUCAGACAAACAUGAACAAAAUAAAAGACAUUCAAGUUACAUGAAACCAUCUAAAAACUGGAAUCAAUCAAGAAAUGAGAAACUACAAGAACACAGAAGAAGAAAUAAGAAGGAAAGGGUUGAGGGAUUGAACUUUGAUAGUUCAACCACUGGAAUGUUUAAAGGAAGGCAAAGUGAAUAUGAUAGAGAUUUGGAUUGUGUUGUUGAAAAGCCUAAAGCUGAUAAAGAUGAUAUUGAUGAAAGAGAAAGCGAUGACAGUUCUAUUAAAACAGAUGAGGAGAGAGAAAAUGGGCCUAAUGAGAGCGAAAAUGGGCCUAAUGAGAGCGCAUGUUCAGAAACUAUUCCUGGUUCUGCAGAUGAGAGUUUAGCGGUCAACAGUAAUUUAUCUAAGGAAAUAAAGGGAAAUCUUAAAAUUUUUGAGGAGACAAAAGAUAAACAAGAAAAUAAAUCAACUGGUACUUUCAGUAGUAAAAUAUUUGGAGACGCUAAAGAAAAUAAUGUUGCAAAACCUAUUGGUAUGGAAGAUAGUUUUGAUAAAACAGAUGAUGAUGAUGAAGAAGAUGUUGUUGAUGAUGUUCAUGUUGAUGAUGAUGAUGAAGAAGAGGUCUAUGAUGAUGCACCCUCAGAAAUUGUACCCGAUGAGGAAGAAGAUAAUGGGGAGGAAGAAGUUGAAACAUGUGUUAUUUGUAUGGAUGAUAUAUCUAAUCCAAAGACGCUCUCAUGUGGACAUGUGUUUUGUACAGAAUGUAUAGAGGCACAGUUUACGUAUAAAGAAGCAUGCCCAACAUGUGGAAAGGUUUGCGGAAUAAUAACAGGUGACCAACCAGCAGGUGACAUGGAUGUGUUUGUUAAUAACAGGGCUUCAUGUGCUGGUUUUGAAGGCUGUGGUAGGAUAGAAAUAACAUACAAAUUUCCUGAUGGAACACAAGGGCCUACCCAUCCACGUCCAAAUGCAAGGUUCAAAGGUAUCACAAGAAAAGCAUACCUGCCAAAUAACAGACGUGGUAUGGAAAUCUGUGAAAUGCUGAAGGUUGCCUUUGAGAGAAAACUGGUUUUCACAAUUGGAAACUCCCGCACAACUGGAGCUGAAGGUGUAAUCACUUGGAAUGAUAUUCAUCAUAAAACAGAUCAAAAACCAAACACACAAUUUGGUUAUCCUGACCCUACAUAUCUAGACAGAGUGACUGAUGAACUGAAAAUUAAGGGUGUCACUGUUGAUGAUAUACAAACCCUUCCCGCCUAUCGUUUAAGAAGACGAUAGAUAAUGACAUUGGAUGAAAUAGACUUUUUUAUGACUCGUUGUUUAUCUGUGAUGCUUAACAUAAGUUAUGUAAAUUUUCAAGGGACAUUAUGUCUAUCAAAGUGUUAAUGGUGUUGGUAAAGGACAAUGGCAAAAUAAGUUUAGGUUAUGCCAUAACUGCAUUUGUGAAAUUCAUGUGUAUAAUCAAUAACCAAUGUGACUUACACAAAAUUCUAUAAAUAUCCAUUGGAAUAUAUAGUUAACAUUCAAUGGAUAAAAAGAGUGGGGCAGUUUUUUAAUAUUUUAGAGAGUUGUUAUAUUUUAUUCUUAUCUUGUUAUGAUAAAUUUUUGGUCAGUCCCCAUUAACAGAGUCAAUCUUUUUUAAAUAUACAUGUAUAGCCAUUUCAGUUCUACUUAUGAUCCCAGGCUCAGCUUGACAAUGAACAAACAAACAUAUUGUCACUUUGAUAAUAUAAAUUCUAACAUUUAAUAAAAAUAUCAAUUAUUUGUUUAUGAUACAGAACAUAAUUUUAUAAAGUAGUAUAACAUUUGCCUUAAGUUUAUGAAGAUAUGUUAAUUAAUGAAAUUCUUGAGAAUAUGAAUACAUUGAGAGCUGUGAGACACACAUAGUUUGAUGUCACCAUCUCUGUUUGAUUUGUAUUUAAAACGAGUAUUUUUAAGUCUGUCAGGGGCCUUUAUUCUAGUGCAUAUGUAUAAGAGGGUAAAAAAAAAUCUGGAAACAAAUGGAUCAACAUUAAAUGAAAAUUGCAGACUCAGUUUAAUUGAGUCUGUACAUGAGGGAUAAUGAAUAAGUGCAACAUCCCUCACGCUCCCUAGCACCAGCUUGAGUGGUACUCAAAUCGCAAUACUUAAUAGUGCUGGUAUCAAUGAUCCCAAAGGACUAGAAAAAUAUAACAUUGAAGUGAAGUACAGGGCAACUUUUUACAGCUGCCACACAGCACUUAUCACCUGCUGUUCUGCAGAAUAAAAAUUUGGUAACAAAGUCAUCCCUCGGAAUUUUUAAGCACCUAAUUGAUUUUGUACAAGUAUUUUCAGAAUAAUUCUGUUUAUUUAUCCUAAUUCAUUUUGUAUUUAUUAGAAUUAUAGUUAUGAUUUUGUAUAUGUAUCCCUUCAAUAUGUGUCUGUUACAAGAGAAUGAUUAUUUCUAUGACAGUAGUAUGAUAUUUAUGUCUCACAAAGGUAUGCAGCUAGCAGUUGGCAAUGAUUUAAAUCAUUAAAAGCAUUGUUGAAAAUUUAAAUUAAAGGGACGCCACUGAUAUUUUUUGACAUUACGGGACAGGAAAUAUUUUCGGUGGUUUGUAUGCAUUUCUGAUGAAGGUCAGAACCAGUAACUUGUGUGCAAGUUUUUAACCAUUUCCUCAUCACAUUUUACCAGAAAAAUCAUUUUUUCUUUGCAAAUAAAAAAAAAAAAUAUAAUGCCUUUCAUUCAAAUCAGGCUUGACUUACUAUUGAUCUUCUCUUAACUUCUGAGUAUAUUACUUUAUUUUCUUUUGCAGAUUUUAUAGUGUUUUAGUUGAUAAUUGUAAGAAUAUCAAUUUUAAUGUUUUCAGUUGGAAUCAUUUUAUAUUGUUCAUUUGAAUAAACAUAAAAAGCUAUUUUAAAAACAUGUAGUUAAAAAUAAAAUUUUUAAUGAAUAAAUAUUUUAUAAUGAAUCAAUAUUCUAUUUUAAAAACUUAAAGUUAUGGCUGCAUGGGACAUUUUGCUUUAUAAAUAGCUAUCUAUGUAUUAUUCAGACUUUGAUUUUUGUAUGCCUUUGAUUGUAAUUAUAUUUACUGUAUUUAGAUGAGUUGAAUAAUGUUUUACAUUUAUCCUAACAAAUGUUAAAAUAUCUUUCUAUAAUAAUAGGGUGAAAUGUAUUAUAUUAUUAAUUAUGUUUUGUACAUCUUAUUAAAGAUCCUGUAUGUUGUAAUUAUAUAUAUAUUUCUAAUACAAUUUUCAAACAUUGAAGAAUAGAAUAUGUAAACUAUGUGCUGCAAUAAUGGUCCACAUUAUUAUGUAAUCAUUAAAAUAUAUGCAUUCAUUUCUUAUUGAAAUUUGACUUAGACUUUUAAGAAAAAAAAUCUAAUUAUAUUUAUAUAAUUAUUAUUAUAAUAUAUUUCUAAAUAUUUCUUGAAAUGUAAAUUCGGUAAUAUCUUUACAAAUAAUGCUUUUUGGAACUUACAAUAUUGAUAAAUUAAAUUUAUGAUAUAAAACCAUUAACAAAAUGGUAAACAGGAUCUUUAAAACUCACAUUAUGCCUCAAAAACGAUUUAUUUUUUUUACUUCUUUAGACAAAGUAGACAUGAGAAGUAUACCUUUAGAUAAUGUAUAACAAGCAUUUUAGAUGCUUGUUACCUGAGGAAAAUUGGUAAAAUUAUUUAUUGUUUUGACAUGAAAGUAGCAAAAUGUAAACAAAGUAAUAUUUUGACUUUUAUACAACACUGUAUCUGCACUAAUUGCAAAAAGGUAACAGAAAUAACAGAUUGUUAAUUGGCCAAUAAGCAACGUUUUUGAAAAAAGUGCUUUUGAGACCAAGAAUUAAAAAUAUUUUGAGGCAUAAUUAAGGAUGAUCCUUUUAUCAUCGCACUGUCCAUCACAAUUUGUAUAAUAUGCAAGACCUAUGUAAAAAAUGACAUUUCUUUACAUUUGGAGUCCAUUGAUGUGAAAUAAACACCAUAGAAUAUAA